CAAACAAUCACAGCUGUUUUUUGCUAUUUUGUUUUACUCCCGUUUUGUUUUGAUGUAAAAUUUUGGAAAAAAGCCGCAAAAUGUCAAAACAUAUUCGUAGUGUUUGGACAAAAGUAAAAAGUCUUUCAUUAGAAAGGUUUCACAGCACAACAUCAGUUACUGUCAGGUCAAUUACGAAUAAAGAAAUGAGUACAUCUUCGGAAACCACAACACCCAAAACAAAAAGUGGUCAGGCUAUAGAGAAAUUGCGGGAAUUUGGCUAUGCCUUUAAUGCCGCUGGUGAAUUACGUAAAAUUGAUAAAACUACCGGGGAGGCGGGCGAUGAACCAUUUCAGUUUGAAAUUACCAAGGAUCAUGCCAAAAAUCAGGCACACUAUGAAAAAUUAGCCGAUCAAAUUCCUGAAAUUGUUUAUGAUUUAUUAGAACAAAAUGGUUUAUCUCGUACUUACAUUCCCGAAGAAGCCCCCAUUGAAGAGUCAACAUUUUUCUUUACAUAUCCCGAAAAGCUAAAUAAACCUAAGAAACUUAUUGUUAUUAUACAUGGCAGUGGCUUUGUAAGGGCUGGUCAAUGGGCCAGGAGUUUAAUUAUCAACAAUUCCUUAGACCAUGGUACACAAAUACCAUACAUUAAACGAGCAAGAGAUCUUGGUUACGAUAUAGUCGUAACAAAUACCAACGAUAAUUAUCGUAUUAUCGAUGGUAAACGUAAACCCAUACAGGGUUUAAGUUCCGCUACAACUCAUGCCAGUUAUGUAUGGCAAAAAUAUGUAAUGGCUAGUGAGCCUGAAAGUGUAGCCAUUGUGGCGCACAGUGCUGGCGGUGGAGUAACUGUUGAUUUGGCCAGACGUUAUCCGGAUUUUUUUAAAUAUAAAGUAUUUGCUAUUGCUUUCACUGAUUCGGCUCAUUCGUUUAUGCCCGAGGAUGUAAGAAAAAUUAUAGGACAUAAAACUUGUAAUUGGGUUUCAAGUAACAAACCUUUGGAUACGGAAAUUAAAACAGCUAAAGAUGAUAUUAAAAUGGUUUCAGCAGGUCAUUCCAAGCAUGAGUGGACAUCUUAUUCAGCAUUUGAAUCGGUUUUCAAAUAUUUGGAAAAUAAAUAUGAAGAAUUUAUUUCAGAUGAACACAAGUGUAAAAAACCCAAAGUAGACAAUUAAGUUUUAAUUAUUGUUAAUGUUUUAAACAUUAUUAUUAAAAAAGACACAUAUUUAUCUAAAGGAAAUGUUUAUGUUCAAAAAAAAAAAAAAAAAAA